CCGGUUCGAUCAGCUCAGAGUUCACCGUAACAAGGGCGAGCAGCAGCUUGACAGUAGUUCAGCGGUUGCGGUUGGGCGGCCUGGGGACGGUUCUGGGAUGUUGGGGGCAAAUGGGACAGGAUCUAGAGGGGUAGUGCGCCCAGGUAAUGGAGCAGAAUUGACAACUCUACAGGUUGCCAGUCCGUCUGGUGCUAUAGGGGGAAUGAACUCGAAUGUAGGAUUGCCAGACGGCGGAAGAUUUGACGGCACAACAAGUGAAACCCAGGUGGUCCUCAGCGGUUCGGAGGCGGAUUCCGAAUCAGGGGAUGAUGAUGACACGAUAAGUUCGGUUGGGGAACGGAGAGGGGUGAAAAGAGAGAGAGCUGAAAUGGAAGUCGGUGGAUCAGUAGGGUCGAUGGUCGGCUUGUCUGGUGGAUUCGGUGGAAUCCCGACUGGGGUGGCUGGGGCAAAGCCUGGCAAGAAAACACGAGGGCGGGUAAAAAUAAAAAUGGAAUUUAUUGACAACAAGUUAAGGCGAUACACAACUUUCAGCAAGAGAAAAACUGGCAUUAUGAAGAAGGCCUAUGAACUCUCCACACUGACUGGCACUCAGGUUCUUCUCUUGGUGGCCAGCGAAACGGGUCACGUCUACACGUUCGCCACGCGGAAACUGCAGCCCAUGAUUACCAGUGAAACGGGCAAGGCUCUGAUCCAGACGUGUCUGAACUCGCCGGAUUCCCCGCCCCGCUCCGACCCGUCCACCGACCAGCGCAUGAGCGCCACGGGUUUCGAGGAGACGGAUCUGACUUAUCAGGUGUCGGAGGCUGAAGGCUGCACAGAUCCCAAGGAUUUGAUGAAGCCCACAUACACGGUGGCCAGUGUGCCCGGAGGCAGUACCAGCACAACCACCAGCACUGCUGCCGCCAGCGCUGCCACCUCCUCCUCUUCAUCCCCCUCAUCAUCCUCGGCCGCCAUGCAGACGCAGAACAGCAGCCCUGCCCUGUCCAGCGGCUGGUCUGUGGCAGGAGGCAUGAAUGCCCACACCGUGUCCAGUGCCAACGGCACCGUGCUCAAAACCACAGGCACCUCCACGGGUGUCAUGCAGAUUCCUGCAGGCUUUACCCUGAUGCCAGGUGGAGCUGUAUCCCAACAGCUCCAGGCUAUCCAGGUCCAUGCCAGCCCACAGCAGAGCACUGAAAGUGGUCCUGAGAUCUCUCAGCCCUCCAGCAGCUCCACCGCCAGUCAUCAGGCGACGAUCGUCACUUCGUCUGUGCCGUCCUCCGUCACUGGUCAUAUGAUGUACCCUAGUACCCAUGCAGUGAUGUAUGCUGCAUCCACUCCCACGCUACCAGAUGGCAGUCUUACCGUGCUGAACACUUUCCCCCAGCCACCCACUGCCAUGCAAGUGUCUCAUACGCAAGGCCAGGACACAGGUGCUGUCCCUCAGAUGUUUCUUGCAGGGCCUCCAGGGACUGUACAGAUCCCUGUAUCUGCUGUGCCGUUGCACUCGAUGUUGAUAAAUCAGCAGCCUGGAGGUAGUAACACUACCCUAACAGAACUGCGGGUCGUCAAUCUGGACAAUGCUAAGGGGGACUAACCACAAAAUACAUGGGCGAUGUGACCACACAGUUAAAUGGAAAGACCAGAGAUCACCAAUGCCACGCUGUUAGGCUGCCACCUCUAUUUAUUAAUGCCUUCUCACUACUUUGUUUUGUUUUUCGUUUUGUUUUGUUUGUUUUUUUGUCUGAUGCAUGCAGGUGUGAAACAUAGGAAGGAGGAGAC